AUGUCCUCAAGCUUUUCCUCGUCUGUCAACUUCAUCUUGGAGCCAUCAUCUCCUCUAGUCGCUUCUUCCGGACCUGUCACCUGGUUCUUUCGCAUUCGCUUGCCAGCUGCUCGAACGGAUCUGAUUCUCAACGGAGCUUCUGCGCACAACGGCGUCAUGAACGGCACCUCCAGCUCCACCUCCUUCGGCGCCAACACCUCUGCGGUCCUUCACGGAGCCAAAGACCUUCGAAUCGAAGAACGCACCUAUGCCGCCCCUACCGGCGAUGAGGUUCAGAUCCGUGUUCGCGCCACCGGUCUCUGCGGCUCCGAUCUCCACUACUAUCUUCACGGACGCAACGGAGAUUUCGCACUUCAACACUCCAUGUGUCUCGGACACGAAUCCGCCGGUGAAAUCGUCGCUCUCGGACCCAACGUCCCCACCUCGCUCUCGCUCGCCGUCGGUGAUCGUGUAGCCAUCGAAGCAGGACGCUUCUGCGGUUCGUGCCCCAAGUGCCGCGAUGGACGCUACAACCUCUGCAAACAGAUGCGUUUCGCCUCCUCCGCCAAAACCCACCCCCAUCUCGACGGCACUCUGCAAAAGUACAUGAACUGGCCUUCCUGGUUGGUACACAAGCUACCCGCCAACGUAUCUUUGACCUCGGCUGCACUCUGCGAACCACUCAGUGUCGUGUUGCAAGGCAUUAGGAGGAGUGCGCUGCAGCCUGGGCAGAGCGUUUUGGUGUACGGCGCUGGAGCUGUUGGACUGUUGGCGUGUGCAGCUGCCAAGGCGAGUGGAGCGAGUUACGUUGCUGCUGUGGAUAUCGAUCAGGGUAGAUUGGCUUUUGCUGCUGCCAACGGGUGGGCAGAUGCUACAAACUUGCUUCCACGAAGCGCCCCGGCCGCAGGUGGUGAGGAGGAGAAGGACGCACGUGCUCGUCGUGUUGCCGAAGACAAAGCUGCCAUCUCCUCUGCCAAUGCUUCCGCCACCUCGCUCCUCCAAGCCCUCUCCGCAUCAUCCGCCUCGACCGAGACAGGUUACGCCGUCCAACCAGCCCCACUCGACCUCGCAUCCGAAGGCUUCGACGUCGUCUUCGAAUGCACCGGCGUCCCCGCCUGCGUCCAAACCGGCAUCUUCGCCACCAAAGCAGGUGGAAAAGUCGUCCUCAUCGGCAUGGGAAACCCCAUCCAAACCCUCCCCAUCGGCUCCGCCUCCCUGCGAGAGGUAGACAUCGUAGGCGUCUUCCGUUACGCAAACACCUACCCCAUCGCUCUCGGUCUCUUGGCAGGCGGAACCCUGCGUGCCCAAGGCGGAGGUCUUCACGCCCAAGCCGUCGGCUCAACCACCAAUACCAAUGGCACUAGCGAGACCAAGGAAGGUCUGGGCGCAGGAAGGAAGAUGGGCGGAAUCGAAAACCUCGUCUCCCACGCCUACCCUUUGAAGGACGCCGUAAAGGCAUUCGAGACUCUGGCAAACGGCAAAGACGCCGAGCACGGCCGUGGUGUCGUCAAGGUCUUCAUCACCGAUAACGAAGCCUAA